AUGCAAAAAUUGUUCUGUUGCUUUGUUCUAUUCUGCAUCACCGUGGUCAAUGCAGCAAACGACUAUUUUGAUCUACUCCAAGAAGAAUUUGAAGCAAAACCUACUGGGCAGGUACGACGGUUUUAUAUUACAGUAGAAGAAGGAAUCUGGGAUUAUGCCAGUGAAAUGGACGCAAGUGCAAACGUGCCCGAUACCAAUAUACUGGGCACAAGGUAUUACAAAGCUCUUUAUCAUGAAUACGAGGAUUCAAGUUAUACCAAGAAAAAGAAGCGCUUUAGCUGGCAGGGCAAUAUGGGACCUAUCUUGAGAGCUGAAGUAGGUGAUAUUAUUCAGGUGUUCUUUUGGAAUAGAGCCACUAGAAACUAUACAAUGCAUCCUCAUGGUAUCUUUUACGAGUUUGAAAUGGAAGGCGCUCUCUUCAAGGGAUCCUACGAAGAAAGUAGUAUAGGACCCAACCAAAACUAUACAUACACAUGGAAUGUCUUGCCUAGAGCAGGUCCUGGACCAAAUGAUGGCACCUCUAUCGUCUGGGGCUAUCAUUCCCAUGUGUCUGAAAAUGAUAUCUAUGCUGGAUUGUACGGUGCUAUUGUGGUUUAUAAAGCUGGCACUUUAUCGAAUGACCAAAUUGUAACAUCUGUAUUUGUGGGAGAUGAGAACCUUUCGCCUUAUCUUGCAAAAACAAUGUCCACCUUAUACCCAAACACCAAUACAUCUACAUACACCAAUGUUCAGCUAUACAAUGCCAACCAAUUCAAUUGUGUCAACGGGCUGAUUUCGUCUGCACCAAAAGACCUGAUCAUUAGAAAUCAUACUGUAGAUUGGCACCUCUUGGGAUGGGGCACGUAUUGGGACGUCAGAUAUAUCAAAUGGGAGAACAGCCAAGUCAGCUGGAAUGACGAGGUUGUGGAUUACAUUCGUCUGAUGCCAGCUUCGUUCUAUACAGCCACAGUCAAGCCUUCCAGGCGUGAAGGUCGCUUUAAGUUUGGUUCACUAGACGAUGAAGUGAAUGGAAUGACCAUGAAAUACCAUGUUUCUCUGUAG